AUGAAGGACAGACUGGAGGAAUUGAGGAUCCGAGUUAAUGAAGAUGAGGACUCUUUGGAUAUUGAUGAUACUCUCUCAUUUGAUAACCCUGUUUUCAAGGAGGAUGAGACCAAUCCCAUGAGCAAGAUAUUCCAGGAAGUGUCAGAUAUCUCGCUGGGCCUGAGUAAACUGGAGGAGUUAUCAGAGAGCAUCCACAAGAAGCAGCAGCGGGUGCUGUGCUGCACCACGGAGGAGAGCGUUUAUGAAGAAAAGAAAGAGCUAAGUAACAUUAAAGCCUCCUUCACUAGUCAGGCGAAAGUCAUCCAGCCUCAGCUCUAUGGGAUUCAAGACACACUGGCCCGAGACAGCAAACAGUGGCUGGCAGGAUACCGCAUCCACCAGAGCCAGCUCUCUGUCCUAAUCAGCCGGUACCGAGACAUCAUCACUCACCAUUAUGCCAAGGAGAUGGAGUACGUGGAGAAGUUGAAGGAGCAGAUCAUAAGGCAAACCGAGCUGGCGGGCUUAAGCCUAUGUGAAGAGGACAUUAAUCAGCUAGUGGAAAGCCCUGUGGCUCCUCGGAUUGUGGGCCAGGACCUGGAAGUGCUCAAGGCCAAGCAGCACUUGGCCAUGGCCCAAGUACGCCACCAACAGCUGCUGGACCUAGAGGCCCAGAUCAGUGAGCUGCACUCGCUCUUCCUGCACUUGGAAGUGCUGGUUUCAGAGCAGCACGAGGUCAUCAACAACAUUGAGUACAACGUCCUGCAUACGCUUGAUUACGUGUCCCAGUCCAACGAGGAGGUGAAGAAAGCCCUGAAGUACGAGCGCCAGUCGCGGAUCUCGGCAGCACUGUCAGCGGUGCUGGGCCUCUGUGCCUGUUGUACGUGCUUAUCAUGCGUAGCUGGCACAGUGUAG